UGAGACACUAAAAGAUGAUGGACCAUUUUUGUCAUUUUCUCAGCUUUUGCACCCUCCCUUGAUCCAUCUUCUUCUUCUUCUUCCUCAUUGGAGAAGAAAAACCUCAGACAUACAAUCAAACAGUUGUACAGUUGACACCCACCCAACUAUAUUAUUUGUGGUUGAAAAAAAAAAGGGGACAAAAUUCUGCACUGACAAAAGGCUUACUGAGGUUGGAUUAGUGCAAUUUUAUGCACUGUGGAGAUACUUGUAGUGUAUUGGAGAAGUUGUUGGAGCUAUUUGAAUGAGUAAAGAUAGCUUUCGUCCGUUAAAGAAGUGAAAUUUAACUGCAGUUUUAUGAAUAAUCGCUUUUUGAGGCGGAUUGAUUGACCCAAUCCAGGCUCAAGGAGGCUUUUUUCAAUAGUUGGAUUAGUGUAAUUUUAUGCACUGUGGAGAAACUUGUAGUGUAUUGAAGAAGUUGUUGCAGCUUUUGAUGAAUAAGGGGUUUCUGGAGCUAUGACCGAAUCGCGUUUUUUUGGAGCUUUGAUAAAUUAGGUAUAUAUGUAUAUGGAAAUGCCUGCAGAGUCUAAUCCAGGAUUUCAUCCUCACCAAGCUUUAUCGUUUCAAUCAGGGGCAAUAGGGAGCUCAUCGUCCGACAUCAUGAUGAUGGGUAAUUACUAUAGCAGCCUUGGAAUGAAUUUCAAUGUAAAUAAUAAUGGUGGAGGAAGGGGGAUGUUGUUUUCUGGGAAUCUGAGUGUGGUUACCAACAGUGGAAGCUGUAGCAAUAAUAAUCCAGGAAUGAGCCAGUCUGGAAGUUGUUCGAGUUCUUUUCUUAUUGAUUCAGUGCCGGGGCUCAAGCAUGAUACUGGGCUAGCUGUAGAGUGGACCCUUGAGGAACAGUUCAAACUGGACGAAGGACUUAUCAAAUUUGCCAAUGAACCCAGUAUAAUGAAGUAUAUUAAGAUUGCAGCCACACUCCGCGACAAAACUGUACGGGAUGUUGCAUUAAGAUGUAGGUGGAUGACGAGAAAGCGCAGGAAACAGGAAGACUAUACUUUGGGAAAGAAAGUGAAAGACAGGAAGGAAAAAUCAGCAGAAGUAUCCAUGAAAGCUGGUACAUCCUCAGCUUCACCUCUGAGCUUCAUGCCGUAUUCGCUCUCCUCAAAUCAUCGUGACCGUGGUGACGUGAAGUCUUCUGCAGCAUUACUUGGAACGCGGCAUCUACUGGAAGAAAACAAUCAGGCUCUGAAUCAAAUUUCGGCCAACCUUUCAACAGUCAAGUUGCAGGACAACGUUGAUCUCUUCAUCCGAGCGAGGAAUAACAUAACAGCAAUUUUAAACGACAUGAGAAAUAUGCCAGGGAUUAUGAGCCAAAUGCCACCCCUUCCAAUUUUGUUGAAUGAGGAACUUGCUAGUUGUGUUUUGCCUACUACAACUCAGCCAAUGAUGUUUGGUUCCACAAGCGGAAUCCAGCCGAAACAAGAGCCAGGCUGUUGAUGGAGAGAGUGCUUGGUGCUAAAAUUUGGAUUACUAGCUUGUGUAAGUACACCAAUUUUUUUGCUGUAAAUGCAUAAAAAGCUGGCGGUUCUUUGCAGCUUGGAUAAACGACUGGGUUCCACAACAAGAAAUUUUAUCAGAACCCAUUUUUUGAAGCUGUACACGAGCACCAGGAAAUUAACAGCCUCAUGUUAUUGCAUAUCAGGGGAAGAACUGUUAUCUUGAUAAUGCACUUGCAAGUUCAUUUUCUUGUUUCCGUCUUCUGUGUGUAAAUUUAGGAGAUAGAUCGAUCUUCGAGGUCAUUUUCCAAGGUGCUUGAUUAACUGAGUGUUUUUUUUUUUUGUUUAAAUAAUGCCUUAACAAUUUGCGGAUUCUUGUGUUGUGUUGACUGUUGAGUUUGUUUUACUCUAGGUGUAUAUUCUCAUAGGGUAAAUAAUACUUGAUUUCCUACUGAAUACCCCUUUCUUGAUUUGAUAUGAGUAUUAAGAAGAGAAAAGAUUGAGGUCAGUUCGUUGUGUUA